CCAAAUUCCUUUUGGUACGAUGGCCACCUACACUUGUGUCAUUGGUUUUGCUCUGAUUGGUAAUGACAUAAGAACGUGUACUGGAGAUGGCAGUAGCACUACUGGUGCAUUUAGUGGAAUUGAUCCAACUUGUGAACCCAUAACCUGUCCUCCUUUGAUGACCCCAACCAAUGGCACUGUGUCUUAUGGCGGAGUUCCUACUGAUGUAAAUGGUAACUUGUCGUUCAAUGUAAUGGCUACUUACAGUUGUGACACUGGGUUUGCACUGGUUGGUAACAGCUCAAGGAUUUGCACCGGAGACGGGAUGAGUGUCAAUGGUGGCUUUAAUGGAACAGCUCCAACUUGUGACCCUAUAACCUGCCCUGCUGUGGCAGCGCCGAGUAGUGGCAGUGUUGACUUUGGUGGAGCCUCAUCUGAUGGAAACAGCAACUAUAUGCCUUUGAUGUGAUAACUAAUUACAAUUGUGAUAAUGGAUUUUCUCUGGUUGGUAAUAGCUCGAGGACGUGUACUGGAGAUGGCAGUAGCAAUACUGGUGCUUUUGAUGGAGCAGCUCCAACUUGUGAACCUAUAACUUUCCCUGGUGUUCCCACACCAAACAACGGCAAUAUUGACUUUGGUGGAGCCUCACUUGAUGAAAAUGGCACAUAUAUUUUUGCUGUGGUGGCUACCUACGUAUGUGACACUGGGUUUUAUCUUGUUGGUAACGACUCAAGGAUUUGCACUGGAGAUGGGAUGAGUGUCAAUGGUGGCUUUAAUGGAACAGCUCCAACUUGUGACCCCAUUACCUGCUUAACUGUAGCCAUUCCGAACAACGGCAGUCUGGACUUUGGUGGAGCCUCACCUGAUGUAAGGAACAACUAUGCAUUAAAUGUAGUGGCUACCUACAACUGUGACAUUGGAUUUUCUCUGGUUGGGGACCGAACAAGGAUGUGCACUGGAGAAGGAAGUAGCAGCUCCGUUGGUACAUUUGAUGGGGUGGAUCCAACUUGUGAACCUAUAACUUGCCCCAGUAUUCCCUCAACAAACAACGGCAGUAUUGAUUUUGGUAGAGCCUCGCCUAAUGAAAACAGCACCUAUGCGUUUAAUGUGGUGGCUACCUACAACUGUGACACUGGAUUUUCUCUGGUUGGGGACAACACAAGAAAUUGCACUGGAGAUGGCAACAGUAUUAUUGGUGCCUUUGAUGGGUCAGCUCCAAAUUGUCAGCUGAUUACCUGUUUUCCGUUGACUGAUCCUUUCAAUGGUUUUGUAACAUACAGUUCUACUGUAAAUAGCAAUUACGUCUUUGAUGUGGUGGCUACCUACAGUUGUGACACUGGCUUUUUUCUGGUUGGUAACGACUCAAGGACUUGCACUGGAGAUGGCAGCAGCAUUACUGGUGCCUUUGAUGGCCUAGUUCCAAGCUGCGAAGCUAUAACAUGCCCACCACUUUCCAAUCCAACCAACGGCUCUGUUUCUUAUUCGAAUGUGUCCGGUCAAAACAACAGUUACCCUUUCAAUGUAACAGCUACCUACAGCUGCAACUCUGGGUUUACUCUGGUUGGUAACAAGAUAAGGAAUUGCUUUGGAGAUGGCAGUAGUACUAUUGGUUCAUUUGAUGGGUUGGCUCCAGCAUGCAAAGCAACAACUUGUUCUCCUCUUGCCGACCUACUUAACGGGACUAUAUCAUAUUCUGCUGCCGCUGAUGGUUUGGGAAAUUAUGUAUUCAAUGUGACGGCUAACCACAGUUGUGACACUGGGUUUGAUCUGGUUGGUAACAACCGAAGGACUUGCAGUGGAGAUGGCAGUAUUAUUACGGGUACUUUUGACGGAGAAGCUCCAUCUUGUGAACCUGCAGUUGCCUCAUCUUCAUCACUUAUCCGAGAUGUUGUCAUACCUGUUGUGAGUGUGAUGGCUGUACUAGCUCUAGUUGUACUGGGUGGAGCUGUUUAUGGAUACAUUAAAGUGAUAAGCCAUCUGUUCAAGUUACAAAAGGCUGAAACUGGGACUGCUAAACUGUUGUAAUCAAAACAUUAUGUGCAUCUGAUUACAAUCAACUGCAAGCUAGCCAUUUUGAUAUAAGUCACCAGUUUCAGUGAUGCUAAUAAUUAUAUGUUUUAUCAGUAAUUGCUUAAGAUAAAAGCUUCUUCUAUACGUAAGUAGCUAGUUGACAACAUAAUUGUAAUAUAGAGUCUA